AAGAGAGAAAUUACUUUGACUAAUACGGAGUAGUACUAUAUAUAAAUAGAAUCUAAGAAAGUAAAUGAUUUCCACCUAAAAUUACGAAAAAAAAAUGGGCACAACUAUCAACUCUUAUCUACUUCCCUGCUGUGUUCUAAUCCUGUUUUCUUCAAUUUCACAGGUAUUAUCUGUAGAUUCUACAUACAACAACUUUCUCCAAUGUCUAAAAAACCAAUCAAAUUCAUCAACAAACAUUUCCACAAUUCUCUAUUCUAAAGAAAACAAAAGCUACAAUUCAGUCUUACAAGCUUACAUUCGAAACCUUAGAUUUACAUACCCAACAACAUCAAAACCACUACUCAUCAUCACCCCUUUCACCCCCUCCCAAGUAUCCGCCUCCGUCGUAUGCGCUCGUAAACUCGGCCACCAAGUUAAAAUCCGUAGUGGCGGCCACGACUAUGAUGGGUUAUCUUACAUCUCCGACCACCCUUUUGUCAUUCUCGACAUGCAAAAUCUACGACACAUCGAAGUUGACCCCAAGGCAGCAACCGCCUAUAUCGAGGCAGGUUCGACUUUGGGGGAGCUCUACUACAGGAUACAAGAAAAAACAAACACUCUCGGGUUUCCGGCCGGGGUGUGCCCUACUGUAGGUGUAGGAGGCCAUGUCAGCGGUGGCGGAUACGGUAACAUGAUCAGAAAAUAUGGAUUAUCUGUAGAUCAUAUAAUAGAUGCUACAGUUGUUGACGCACAGGGUCGGAUCUUGAAUCGUAGUACCAUGGGGGAUGACCUGUUUUGGGCUAUUAGAGGUGGUGGUGGGGCUAGUUUCGCUGUCGUCGUUUCCUACACCGUGAACCUUGUACCGGUACCGGAAACAGUAACCGUUUUUAACAUCAAGCGGUUUCUUACUGAUAAUGCUACUGAUUUGGUUUAUAAGUGGCAGUUUUUGAUGAAAGAUAUUGAUCAUAAUUUAUUUAUCAGGUUAUUAUUACAGCCUGUAAGUGAUCCUCAGAAUAAAGGGAAAAAAACAGGGAGAGUCACUUUUAUAGCACUUUAUUUAGGUGAUUCUAAAGCAUUAUUCUCUCUGCUCAACACUAAGUUUCCUGAACUUGGUCUUAAGAAACAGGAUUGCUUAGAGAUGACUUGGGGAAAAUCAGCACUAUUUUGGGCAAAUUACGACAACAAAACUUCGCCUGAAGUUCUGUUAAACAGGACAUAUUUAGCUAAUUACUCCAAGCGGAAAUCGGAUUACGUACAAACACCCAUCACAAAGAAAGGGUUGAAUCUCUUAUGGAAGAAGUUGAUUACAUUGUCAAAACCAGGAAUGGUGUUUAACUCGUAUGGUGGGAGGAUGAAUGAGAUUCCGGCCACGGAUACACCAUUUCCUCAUAGGAGAGGGAACUUGUUUAAGAUUCAGUACUCAACAAGUUGGAAAGAUGCAGGGAAACUGGACGAAGAUAAGUAUAUUGGGUUAAUGAGGGAGCUUCAUACUUUUAUGACACCUUAUGUUUCUAAAAAUCCAAGGGGUGCUUACUUUAAUUAUAGGGAUGUUGAUAUUGGUGUUAGUCAUAAUUGGACUUACCAACAAGGCCAAGUUUAUGGCAAGCAAUAUUUCAAGGGGAAUUUUGAUAGGUUAGUGAAAGUGAAGACUUUGGUUGAUCCUACCAACUUUUUCAGGAAUGAACAGAGUAUUCCUACUCUCAAAUCUUUGGGUGUUAUAUAGAAAUUGUAUACCAUUGUUUUAUGUAGUUAUUUGAUUUUAAUAUUUACUACAAAGUUGUAAAAGUUUAAAAGCUAGGUUUUAUAGUAAUCAAACAUAUAUUCGAUCUAUAUAAAUUUUUAUAAAAUAGUGUUAAGCCGUCAA